GGAGAUGGUUCAACUCUCUUAGUUGGUUAUUUCCAUGUCGGUUAUUCCUUGCUCCAGCAUAAUCCUGAAAUAUCCAUGUAUCUCUGAGCAGCUAUGAAAAGGCUUCCUGGAAAACAAUAAGCAAAGAAAAAAAUGUGUCCCAUCUCACAUGGUUCUACCCUACUAGAGACAGGAAGAUCAUAUACUGACAGAUAUUGAAAUUGUAAGACUUGGAAACUACAUUUUGCAAAGUCAUUGAACUCCGAGCUCAGUUGCAGUACUCGGGAAGCCAUGCAGGAUGAAGAUGGAUACGUCACCUUAAAUAUUAAAACUCGAAAACCAGCUCUCAUCUCCGCUGUCAUGCAGCACAAUUACCUACAAGAUGAGAAUGAAAAUCGCACAGGAACUCUGCAACAAUUAGCAAAGCGUUUCUGCCAAUAUGUAAUAAAACAAUCAGAACUAAAGGGCACUUUCAAAGGUCAUAAAUGCAGCCCCUGUGACACAAACUGGAGAUACUAUGGAGAUAACUGCUAUGGGUUCUUCAAGCACAACUUAACAUGGAAAGAGAGUAAGCAGUACUGCACUGACUUGAAUGCUACUCUACUGAAGAUUGACAACCAUAACAUUCUGGAAUACAUCAAAGCCAGGACUGGUUUAAUUCGUUGGGUCGGAUUAUCUCGCCAGAAGUCCAAUGAGGUCUGGAAGUGGGAGGAUGGCUCGGUUCUCUCAGAAAACAUGUUUGAGCUUUUGGAAGACGGAAAAGGAAAUAUGAACUGUGCUUAUUUUCAUAAUGGGAAAAUGCACCCUACCUUCUGUGAAAACAAACAUUAUUUAAUGUGUGAGAGGAAGGCUGGCAUGACCAAGGUUGACCAACUACCUUAAUGCAAAGAGAUGGAUAGGAUAACACAGAUAAGGGCUUUAUUGUACAAUAAAAGAUAUGUAUGAAUGAAUCAGUAGCUGAAAAUUGCGUAUUUCUCCCUUUCUUCUCUUUGGAGUUAUUUUUAAUAUUAUCUUUCCUAUCAGAAUUACCUAGUCUCUUCUUUGAAUAUACAGAAACAAUAACAUGAGUUUAUCAUUUACUUCCCAAUUGUUCUAUUUUCCUUUAAUUUUCAUUCUUCUUGUCCUCCAUUUCUAAUUACCUGAACAUAGUAUGAUUUACUGCAUCUUCAGAUGUAUACAUAUAAAAUCAAAAUCAGGCCAAUAUAGGUUAGGGCUUAAUUAAUAUAAGUUGUGCAAAAAGUUGUUGAAAUCUGUCCAAACUAUCUAAGUUUGAAAGGCAGUGUAAGAUAGUAAAAGGAAUAUUAAACUUAGAAUCAGCAAAAUAAUUUAGGUGUCAAUUAUGUAAAUGACAAUCAUGAACCAGUUUCAUAGCCCUUUUAACUUCCUUUUUCUCAUAUUUAAAAUAGAAAUAAUAACACCCAUCUUUUAUACCUCACAGUUCUACAACCUAAAAUAAAACUUUAGAGUGUUAACUGUACUAGAAACUCCAUGAAAGCGAAGAGUAUGACUUCCCCAUUCACUAUUCUGUUACCAGCACCAACCCCAGACCCUGGCUUACAAAACAGAGAGAUAUUAGUUUCUCAUUGUAUAAGAUAAUUCAUGAGAAAAAUACCUCAAUCAUUAAAACAUUACACAAAUACAAUUACUAUUCCAAGUCUACCUCUGGUUAGAUUCAACAGUAGUAAUUUUCUGUGCUAGAGAAGGAAAAGAAAGUUUGCAAGAAAACUCAUGGGGUUUGUAAAAUGAAUAAAUGCUUCUUAACAAGUUUCAGAGGCUACUAGACAGAAGGACAAGUAAGAAUGCUUUAUCUAGCGUUUUCCUAACAGUUCUGUGCUUUAUUUUUGCUGAGUAACUGAGGAAGCAUUUACAGAAUAUGUAGAAAGGCACCCUUUCACAGGAUAUAGGCAAAAGUUGCAUUUCUUUCCCACAGCUUCCCUUUUUUAACUAGUGGAUACAAUUUAUGAACAUGAUUCUCAAACAUCUCAAUGGAGGUGUUGGUCAAAACAUAGAGAAACCAAAUAGGAAACACAAAUGCUGAUGUUACUCAGUGGGAAGACUGAGGACACACAGAGACCUGGGUUUUUACCAGCACCAUGACACAAUUCUUAUACAAGUAGUCUUUAAUACAGUUAGAAAAAUAUCACUACUUUAGAACUUACUCUCUAUGUGGCUUUGGAUAAGUAAUUUAGUGUCUUUAAAACUGUAUUUUCUCAUCUUGAAAUGGGUUUGAUAUUAUUACCUUGCUCAUAAGUUAAUUGUGAAGAUCAUUUAAUAUGAUUAUGUAAAGUAUUGAUCAGAAUUCCAAGCAUGUAACACAUCCUUAAUAAAUGUGUGUUACUCUUAAAGCUCUGUGCACUAACACUCAAAGACACUUGAAUAUUUAUCUUUUUUCUAGACUAUCAAUAAAUAAGCAGAUUUGGAGGGCUUAGGAACAAUAACAGAAAUACCUCAAAUUUUACUUGUUACUUCAAAUGUCUGGAGAUCUUGGAUUUGGGUAAUGGUAUCAGUAUGUUUUUUAUUUUGAAUUGUCUAUUUAGAGAAACUAAAUAGAAACUAAUAAUUCAGAAAACUUUAGUAUCUCUGGACUUUGUUUCAUCCUCCCCAAAUGGAAAAAUAUAUGUGUAUACAUCACUAUAGCACACAUAAACUUAGAAGAAUAAUAUCUUAGUGCAUGGCAACAAUACAAUUAAAACUGUAAGCCAAUCACUGUCAUUUUUUUUCUGGUAUUCCUAUCUAAAGCAUCUUAUACAUAAAAUCAAAACAGCACAAAUGUUAGUAGCACAGGUCAGACCACCUCAUUUCAAAUACUAAAUCUUUUACAUGUUAUCUAAGUGAACUUCAGCAACAUUUGACUUCUGCCUUGUUCAAUUUGAAACUAACUGACAGGCAUGCCUUAGAAAUAUUGUGGGUUCAGUUCCAGACCACCACAAUAAAGCAAUUACUGCAAUAAAGUGAGUCACACUAAUUGUUUGUUUUCCCAAUUCAUAUAAAAGUUACGUUUGCAUUACACUGUCUUCUAUUAAGUAUGUAAUAGCAUUAUGUCUAAAAAAUGUACACAGUUUUGUUAAAAAUACUUUAUUGCUAAAAA